GUAGGAUUUGCUCCUAUGAAAGACUCGCUUGAACCCUGGAAGACAUGGGAGGCAGGUAGCAGCUGGAAGAGCCAACUCCCAGGUCUAGACUCUUUCCCAGUCGAACAGAGCUGAGUUUAUUAUAACUCCUAUCGAAUAACUUGUUGAAAACGGCUGUUCUCAUAUCAUAUAUCUAGGUAUCGGCUGAUGUCAGAUAUAUCUUCAAUUCAAUGAUAAGCCAGUGAUGCUACCCUUCUCAAACUCACCUACCUCCAUCUCUCCUAUUACCUGCAUCGUUUCUAUCUCCUUGAGCAACCUGUUCCCAAUAUCCCUUUCCACCACACUAGGUGUGAAUACCAGCAGUUGACCAGUAGUGCUCGAUAUUGGUCCGCACAAAAGCUGCAGACGCAUAACUCUCCUUCGUUGCAUUAGUACCCUAGAUAUUCUCUCGAUGUCUAUCACGAUGUCGAUCUCAGACGCUAAGGCAACCGAUUUAGAGAAGCAGGCGACCAUCUCGCCCCGCGACCAGGCCAGUAUGCCUUAUGUGCCUCGAGCCUUUGCCAACCCGGCGCCUCUGGGGUUGUUGUCUUUCGCUACAAGUAUCUUCAUGAUAUCUCUCCUCGGGCUCGAACCACGUGGUGUGAAAGUACCUAAUAUUAUCCUCCCUAACAUGGUAUUCUUUGGUGGGGCCGCUCAGUUCAUUGCUGGGGUCAUGGAGUUCGUCGCUGGAAAUACUUUGGGAGCUACCUUGUUUACGUCUUAUGCUGCCUUCAACCUUGCCUAUGCCCUAAUCUUCCUCCCCGGAAGCGGUAUUAUGGCGGCGUACUCCGAUCCCACCACAGGCAAACUCUUAGCCGAAUUUGACCAGGCGAUAGCGAUGUUUGUCUGGGCUUGGUUUAUCAUUAGUAUGAUCUUUACCGUGGCAACAGUUCGAAGUUCCUGGACAUUAUUUGGGGCUCUCAUCUUCGUCGACUUGACACUAAUCCUCUUGGCUGCUGGGCAUAUGCUAGACCAAGAAGAGUGUCUCAAGGCUGCCAGCGCGACCGGUUUUGUCACGGCGGCUUUGGCUUAUUGGGCAGGUACUGCAGGCUUAUGGGGAGAAGGUAUAACUCCUUUCAAUCUUCCAGUCGGGUCAUUGAAGAGGGAGUAGCGCCAGAAAUUAAAAAGCUCAAUAUUUUGCUACUAAAGGGGG